GGUCGACAUUUAGCAGGGAUUUUUCCAAGAUGCAAAUGGAGUUAUGAAAAACUACCUGUAUAAUUUGGAGCGUCACUGAGAGUUGAAUGAUAGUCCAGAAAUCCCCAUAUGCAUUUGGAGCUGUGAUUAAGUAAUGGAAGUGGACGGGAAAAAGUACGAAUGUUGACAUCAUGUGCAGAUUGUUUACUUUCCAUUGAUUGUGGUUUCGUUAUUUACGUUUCCACUUUUGCAAAAUUUGGUUGGGUGCUUGCCUCUGCUCUAUGACUAGCCUAGCAGCCCAAAAUCAGGGUCAGCAAAGAGACCAUAAGUAUAAUCAGGGGGUAAUCAAGCAGUAUAAUGCCAAGCUCAAACCGUGAUGUGGUCCAGGAGCUACAGGAGAUCCUGCGGCAGUGGGAGGAGGACCAGUCUGUGCCCACCAGAGACCCCACACCACACCUGAUCAAGCUUUGUGAGCUCUUUGAAAGAGAGACUGUCAACUUUCUAAAGAAGGAUCCAGACCCAUUUGAUGAUCGGCAUCCUGUCACUUCAGAACCAGAAUGUGCAUUAGGGCUGAUUUUGCGUGCACUUUUUAAAAAGGAUAACUUUGUGACAAAGCUGGUUAACAACUAUCUACGCGACAACUACUUCACAAGUUUGGGAUUGAGUCAAGACUCACAAGAUCUCAACACUGGAGCUUGUAGGCUACUUCUAGACUUACUGUAUGGCCUUGAUAUUCCUCAGGUAUUUAAUGAAUCCGAAACAACAGUCAUGCGGCUCUUCUCUUGGGCUGAGAAGGGGCCAGAACCACUGCGAACUUAUGCAAUUGGUCUCCUUGCUGCAGCUAUGGAUAUCCCAGAGAUUGCAGCAUCUUUUAGGGAUCACAAUGCUCACCUAGUACCAAUAAUGUUACAGAGGUUGUGGGAACUUAAAGAUGAAGGAGGAGGUGCAGAGGAUGAUAAGGGUUCAGGGUCAAAGGUUCCUGAUAGACCUUUUGCCCACCUUAACAAUGAGUCCAUCAGUGCCCGGUCAAUGGUCAAUGGGGAAGACCCUGAGAGCAAGGAACAUGAGGAGGGGUCCAACCCAAAGAAGAUGAAGGUUUCUCAUUCAUCCUCAUCUCCAGCCAAAAAUAGUAAUACGAGUGCAACAUUCAAUAUUUUUGGGUCUCCAAAGGCAUCACGUGAAAAUUUUGAUCCUGUACUUAAUUCAGACUGUUCCAAUUCGUCCUGGGCAGAAAUGAGUAGCUACAUAGUAGGAACAUAUCAGAUGUUUCCCAUGACAAGGGAUACACAGCAAAUAUUUAUCCUUAAAUAUUUAAGACCUAUAGGGGAAUAUCAAGAGUCUUUAGGCCACGUUUAUGAACACAAUGCAUUAGAAUUAAUCUUUCACUACAUCAACGUCAGACGAACCUGUAAUGCACGCCUCUCUUUUGAGGCCUUACGGUUUCUUGGUUCCCUUCUCUUUCAUAAGAAGUUCUGUUUAGAAUUUGUGAAUAUGGGUGGAAUGCAGAAACUUCUUCAGGUUCCCCGUCCAUCUUUGCCAGCAGAUGGCGUUGCCCUCUGCCUGUGGUAUUUAGCUUACUGUGAGGAAGCCGUAGAAAGAAUAUGCCUUUUGCCUGAUCAUGUAUUAGGUGAAUUGAUUCGCUAUUCACUGUGGCUUUUAGAGUGUUCACAUCAGUCAUCCAGAACUCAUGCUGUGAUGUUCUUUGGAAUGGUCUUCCGAUUUAAGGCAAUAUUAGAAAAGUUUGAUGAGCAGGAUGGCCUCCGCAAGGUUUUGAAUAUGCUUUCCACACUGUCAUUAUUCCAAGAUGUGUGGGAGCAAGACAUAUUAGAUGAACCUAAUGAGGUGAUGAUGUGGCAAACAGUGAAGCAAGUGUGUCUGAGUGUUAAGCACUACUUUGAGGCUCAUUUAGCACUCAAAGUCCAGCACCUGCACAGGAUGACUAUCAGAGAACAUGGAACAGCACCUCAGCAUGCCACUCCAUCUUACAAGGCUGUAAAUGUGACACCAGAAAUGAUUGAGAGGAAUGUCGAACAUCUCCUGGAAUACCUUCCGUACCGAGCCCGCUGGAAACCUGUUGAGCAAUUUGUUUCAUUGAAGGGCCUGCAACUCUUUUUACAGCUAGUUGCAAUGGUUUUGAACGAAUCAUACAGUCCCAACCGAACUGAGACUGCAGUGUUUGCCCUUGACACACUCUAUGUGUGCAGUGUGAUGCCAACUAUCCAGGCAGCGCUGUGUGACAAACUGACCAUACCUGCUGGUGAUGACCUUCUACAGACACUUGACCCACAGGAAGUGCCAGGUUAUGCCAUCCUAGUUGCUUGCAUCCAUGAGAAUGCUCAGUCAAUGACUACAUCACCAGAGGUGCAGAAAGCUGCUCUGAAUGUUCUGAUAAACUGCCUUUGUGCACCUAUCCAUAGGCCUGGAAACAGUUUAGUAAGAUAUGGCACUGCCACUACUCCUGGAAGUAGUAAAAAGAAAGCUGCCUUUGGCGAGGAUGUCAUUAAUAAGUCUUGGGAUUGUGUGAGGACCAGCAAUGGAAUCAUGUACUUGUUAAAUGUUUUGCAUAAGAAGAUGCCAAUCACAGAUGCAGAUUGCAUAAGAGGCCUUGCUUGUCGAGCUUUAGUUGGACUUUCUAGAAAUGACACAGCACGUCAGAUCAUGAGCAAACUACCUAUCUUCACAUCUGGACAGUUGCAGUUGUUGAUGAAGGAACCAAUUUUACAAGACAAACGAAUGGAGCAUGUAAAAUUCCAACGACAUGCACUAGAACUCAUUAAGGCUGUCUCAGGCCAUGCCAAGCAUGAAGGUGAUGCUUCAGCAGAUGUGUCUAUGCAGAGUAUACAUAGGGCUGAUGUUGUGGCACAAACAAGAAUCAACUACAAUAAGAAGCAGUUACUGCAGCUGAUCCAGGCCCAUUUAGUUAAUGAGGGGUAUGAAUCUGUAGCAGCUGCACUGCAGCAAGCAGCUCAUCUUCCCGCUAUACCAACCAUCAUAGCCCACACACCCAUGGGCCCUCCUUCUAGAAACAUGGUCACACCACCGCCAUCAGCUAGAGCGCAUCGGUUGUUAGGGAGUGGUCCAACAAGGCAUCUUUUCAAUUCAUCUCUGUGUAAAAAUGCCUCAGCUGCUAGUAGCUCAGCCUCAGUGGGAAUAGCACCUCCCACAACCCCUUCUCCUCCACCUGUGGCCAGUCCAUCUAAUGUUGCCAAUGCAUCUAGUCCAAUACCAUUACACAUUAAGAUUAACAGGCCAAGCAAGAGGGACAGUAAAAUUGCCAACUCAACAGCCGCUUCUGCCAAUAGUAUAUGUCACUUCAGCAAAAGUGAAAUGCCUUCUGUACCAAAUAGUCAAAAUAGUAUCAGUCUAACAAGUAAUCCUCUAGCUUCCCCAAUAGUGAUGAACACUGGGUUGUCAAAUGAACCUACCAUAACCCUAGACAGAAUUGUCACUGAGUAUCUGAUGAACCAGCAUGCACUUUGCAAGAAUCCAGUUGUUACAUGUCCAACCUUCGACCUGUUUCAGCCACAUAGAUGUCCAGAACCCAGAUCUUUGCGUGCUCCACCAACCAAUUUCACAAUGCGUUAUGCCAAAAGACCAUAUAAUGUACCAUUCACCGGCUUGGAAGGUUCAUCAAAUAACCGCAAAUUCAUCUACAGUAGAUAUCGACCCACACAGACUUUUAGGCCAAGUGAAGAUGAUGACAUCUUUUUAUGCUGCGAGUUUUCUCCGGAUGACCAGUUUAUCAUUGUUGGAACAACUCGAGGAGAAGUCAGAUUAUUUAGUAAAAGUGGAAAUGAGGAAGGAGUGUACACAGUUCAUCAGGGUGCAGUUUCAAGUCUGGUUCAGCAUGGCACAGGGUCAAUGCUCUUAACAUCAUGUACAGCAGUCCAUGAGACAUCCCUUUGGAGCAUCAAUGACCUCUUCGACCUGAAAUAUACACUAUAUGAGUGCCACCACGCAGAUUUUAGUAAUGCUCAAGACAAGAUAAUUGGGACCAAUGACCAGACAGCAAGGCUAUUUGAUCUGAAUACCAGUCAGGUGGUGUGCGAAUUCACCCCAAAACUAUCAAACCAUUAUCGUUACAACAAGGCUGUGUUAGAUCCCUCUGAUGACUUGGUACUCACUGAUGGUGUGCUGUUUGAUGUUCGUAGUGGCAAGCAGGUCCACAAAUUUGACAAAAUCAACCCAAUUCUCAAUGGCGUCUUCCAUCGCAAUGGGCUGGAGAUCAUCAGCUCUUCUGAGAUUUGGGACUUGAGAACGUUCCACCUGUUGAGGACAGUCCCAGUGCUAAAUCUGUGUGAUGUUGUCUUUAACCACACCAGGGAUGUCAUCUUUGGCAUCACCGUUGGGGACCUCUUGGAUGAGUCUCAGGAAAAUGUCUUUGAAACUUCAUUUAAGACUGUUGAUGCUGCAGAUUAUUCUAGUAUUGCAACCGUUGAUGUUCGUCGUGUUGUGACAUCUAUAGCCAUAAAUCAGAAUGACACACAGGUGGCUGUGGUUGAAACGGAGAGUGGAGCAGAUGACCUCACUGAAGAUGCUGUUGUAAGAUUGUAUGAAAUUGGUAUGACAAGACAAGAAGACGAUGAACUGCAUGACGAAGAUGAUGAGGAAGAAGACCUUGGCAGUGAGGAAGAGGAUUCUGAUGAAAGUGAUGAUGAUCAAGAACCAAAUUCCCAGGAUGGGGAUGGUGAAGCAGCUCAAGCAGAUGAGGGAGAAAAUGAAGACGAGGAUGUGUCAAGCAAUGCCUCAGAGCUGAGCAUUCACUCUCUCGAGGAUGGCUUUGAGGAUUCAGACUCAUCAGACACGGUUUUUUUCGAGUUGAAUGGUGACGGCAAUCCCUCAGACCCUUCGAAUGCAUCACUUCAUGCCUGGUUACAGGAAAAUGAUGACGAAGAGGAAGAUGCCGAAGAUGAGGACUAUGAGCCAUCUGACUAAGUUAAGAUUGCUUGGGAUUGUGAAUUAAAAAUUAAAACUUUCGUCACUUAUA